ACGGCUGCGAUUAACAAUUAUAGGAAAGAGGUGAUAAGAAAAUUGACGAAAACAUUACGUCCUUAUAGUUAAGUAUGGCCGCAUCAUCAAUUUGUGGUUCAUAUAUAGUGCAGUGGAGUGGUUUGUUGCGGUACUACAAUGUUCAGCUCGAAGCAGUCGGUUGUGUUAGCGGUGGCGGCGGCGCUCGUCGCGUGCGCGUGCGCAGCGCCCGACCCCGGCGCCAACGAUAUACAACUUAAUCAAAAAUUAAGUGUUGAUGCCAAGGGGGCAAAGCAGCCAAUUGAUACGAGGGCAGUCAACGAACGGUAUCCACAUGCAGUUCUAUUCGGAGGCACCUGCGGAGGAACCAUUAUCAGUCCCACCUGGAUCCUGACCGCCGGUCACUGCACACUAUUCAAUGACGGGCGCGGCGUCCUGGCCGGCACCAACAACAGCGACGUGUCUGGCGUGUACCGCUUCACCAAGCGGCUCAUCAUACAUCCGCUCUUCUCCGUAGGACCAUACUGGCUCAACGCCGAAGAGUUCAACCUCAAACAGGUGGCUGCACGAUGGGACUUCUUGUUGGCGGAACUGGAGGAACCGCUGCCGUUGGACGGCAAGAUCAUGGCGGCUGCGAAGCUCGACGACCAGCCCGACCUCCCCGCAGGCCUCGACGUGGGCUAUGCGGGCUACGGCACCGACCACCAUGGGGGCACGAUGCGAAGCGAGAUGCAUGCAAUGGAGCUUUCGGUUCAAUCUAACGAAGUGUGCUCGAAGCUAGAGCAGUUCGAGGCGAAGGACAUGUUGUGCGCCAAGGGACGUCCGCCACGAUACGACUCCGCCUGUAACGGCGACAGUGGCAGUGGGCUAGUAGACAACAAUGGUCGCCUAGUCGGUGUGGCGUCGUGGGUAGAGAACGACGCUUUCGAGUGCCGCAACGGCAACCUGGUGGUCUUCUCGCGAGUGUCCAGCGUACGCGAGUGGAUCCGACAAGUCACCAACAUAUAAUGUACCAUCGUCAUUUUGGGCGAUCGAUGUUAACUAGUGGGCGAACGAGAUACCAAAAUCUAUUUAUUGUUUUAGAAGUAAAUGAGAUCAGUUUCGUUUCGCCCACGUUGUUUACCAUUACUAGUCAUCUCAUCACUUCACAAGCAAUACUUUGUUUUCCUUUAAGUUUAGUAACAUUUAUUGAUUUCUCGUCAGUGUUGUUACGUACUUAACAAUGUCAGUAAUUUAUAGACAAUUUGUAUAUAAAAGUACAAAUAUAUUUUUAGUGUUAAUACGGUUGUGAUAAAAUGUGUACAAACAGAACAGAAAGAACGUAGUAUCAUAAACCAUUCAAAAUCAAAAUGAAUAAAAAAUGAAAUAAACACU